AUGUCAGUGUUGCUCUUGGGAGAAUGUGUGAGUGCUGACCGCUCCAGAACUCCAGGGCCCUGCCGAGUGUCUUGUCUCCGCCAAAAAGCUUUUUCCCCCCACGGUCUCCUUUCAGGGAAGGCGAAAAUCUACCAGGGGGUCCGAGUGAAGAUGACAGUGAAGGAACUUCUGCAGCAGAGAAGAGCCAAACAGGCCACCCUGGCUGAAGCCGUAAGCAUUCCCCUCUUCAAGUCUUUCCACCUUUUUCCUUACCUCGAUACGGCGCCUGAACCUUCCUUAUCCAGCUGCUUGCAACCUUGGCCUUUCCAGAACGGGACUUCCUGCGAGGAAAUUCCCAAUUAUUUGGAGCAGCUGGUAGAUUCCUGCCUUCAAGCCGAGCCACCUCUGGAGGUACCCUUGGCCCUGGCACAGGACAGCCUGCCAUGCACACCUGAGAACUUCCAGCCAGCCCUCACCUGCCUGGGUUCUGGAUCCCCGGAGGCUCCGGAUCCUUCCAGCUCCUUCGAUUGCAGCUAUUCCCCAUCCCAGAUGCUUCCUUUCGCCCCGCUUGGGUACAGCUGCCCGGCUCUGGAUGGCAGGAGUUGCAUGUAUCCAUCCUCGGAGGAACGCACCUGCCAGUCACACAACCACGUCCCACACACCGCCGGCCUACCGACAUGCUACUGCACCCCGUGUGGUUCCCAGCACUUGGAGACAUUCCGAGCCCCCGAGUACUUUCCCUACGCCACCCUGGAUUGCAAAGACUACGCCCCUUCGGUCUCGGCGGCGGAGGACUUCUGGAAGGAUAGGAGUUGGGAUCUGUGCUACAGUUAACUUAGCAACGUCCAUCCGCUCUUGUGAACGCAGGAGUUUCAUAGACUCUCAGGUCCCCAUUUUGGGUGUUGCAAAUGGCACCUUUCUCAGGUCAACCAACACAGAAAGGGCAGGAUGCAAGCUUGAAGGCAGGGUGUCCAACUUCUGCAACUUUGGAAGACUUCUGGACUCCAACUCCCAGAAUUCUCCAGCCAGCUGUGGGAGUUGAAGUCCACAAAUCUUCAAGCUGCUAAAGGUUGACUGUCCCUCCUUUAGAGGUUUCCGGAAUUCGUCAAAGGGUUGAGUAGAAAAAGAGGAAAUCCUGAUUUGGGGCCUAAAACAACCUGUCUCCAUCUGCCGACGAAAUAAUCCAAAUUCUGCACCAAGAGACGCAGAUUUCUACAACCUGUUCAAGGGCCUUUGCAAACUGCCUGUUAUUUUAUACUAGCCGAUAACACGGCGUCGACCAGGUAUUUAUCUAUAGGGGGGGAAAAUGUCCAGACCAAACGUAAUUGCUAUUGUUGGCUUUUCCCCCUUACCACAGGGAGCCCCCUUGUGGAGUACUGUGAAGCCAUUACCAUGGCAACUCCACUGAGCUGCACAGUAGAAG